AGAAAGAAAGAAAGAAAGACAUUGUGUUUGUGGAAUGAGAGAAAAAGAGGAAGACAGAAGAGAAAGCAGCUGUGUGUGUGUUUGUGUAAUAGAGAACACACAGACAGAUUUAAUGUAUGUGUUUGUGGGGGUUGAGGAAAGAGAACCAGCAUGUACAUAAAGGUGUUUUUUGCCAGAGAGAAAGAGAGGAGACUCGUGUACUAUUGCGUAUGUGUGUCAGUGUGUGUGUCAGAGAGUGUUAGUGUGUGUGUGUUAGGGUGUGUUAGUGUGUGUGUUAGUGUGUGUGUGUGUCAGAGAAAGCUAGAGACAGAGGAACAGAUUGCUCGCUGGAGAGGAUGGCAUCUGCAGGGAAGGGAUGCUUAGUUACUGUGGAUGGAGAGAAAUAGCAUCUCUGACGUCAGGACUAACGAUUGGUGUCAUCCGGGUUCCCUCUCCUGGUGUUAUUUGUGCUCACUGAGCGCUGCCCGUUCCACUUCGAGCGGAGUUCUCGCUAUUGCUGCGCAGCCAGCGCUAUCCGUCUGGAGGGUUUCCAUUGCCGCUGUCCUCCGUUACCCCCCUCCCUCCUUCUCUCCACAGAUCUCCGGGAGGGGAGGAGGAUCUGCGACAUCGCGCAGAAUGAUUGGGACUGAUGACUAUUUCACGGUGUCGGAAUGGAGAUUGCUUUGGUGAGUUUGGAUAACGGAGCGGCCCCAGCUCUAGUUGUGACCGGGGAAGAUGCGGGCUCUGCCAUGGCAGCCAAUACCGCCACAAACAGGAGAGAUCUGCUCCAGAUCCCCAGGGCAACAUCUUGGCUGAAUGAUUACAGUCAAGGGAGGCAAGAAGAAGACAGUGGGGAGAGCUGCCAGCAACAGCCACCGGGGACCGACCGAGGAGGAGGUGGAUGUGAAGGAGGAGGUGUGGGCCAUCACUUGCCAAGCAACAACAUGAUCAUGAGCCACCUUGGCAGUACCAUCAAGGAGUGUGACAUCGAAACAGUCAUUCGCCUGGAGGAAGAAGAGCCUCAUGCCCAGCACCAUUCCCACCACCACCACCACCAUCCGGAGGAGGAGGAGGACCAUCAAUUUGAUCUGGGCAUUAUGGACCACGAGAGUAACCAGAGGGUGAUCAUUAACAUUGCCGGCCUCAGGUUCGAGACCCAGUUGUCGACCCUCAACCAGUUCCCGGAUACUUUGCUAGGCGACCCAGAAAAAAGAAUGAGGUUCUUCGACCCCCUGAGGAACGAGUACUUUUUCGAUCGCAACAGACCUAGCUUUGACGGCAUCCUUUACUUUUACCAGUCUGGAGGCAAAAUCAGGCGCCCAGUCAACGUUUCCAUCGAUGUGUUCGCCGACGAGAUCCGCUUUUAUGAACUGGGGGAAGAGGCAAUGGAGAGAUUCAGGGAGGAUGAGGGUUUCAUCAAAGAGGAGGAGAAGCCCCUUCCAUGCAAUGAGUUCCAGCGCCAGGUAUGGCUAAUCUUUGAGUACCCUGAGAGCUCCAGUUCUGCCAGAGGAAUUGCCAUAGUGUCUGUGUUGGUCAUUCUCAUCUCCAUUAUCACCUUCUGCCUGGAGACCUUGCCUGAGUUCAGGGAUGAGAAUGAGCUACCCCCAGCGCUGUCCAAAGUCCUGAAUGAUACUCAGGAACACCCUUCCCGGCCUAAUGGCCUCACAGACCCUUUCUUCAUUAUAGAGACAACUUGUGUCAUCUGGUUCACCUUUGAGCUCCUAGUCAGAUUCUUUGCCUGUCCAAGCAAAUCUGACUUCUCUAAAAAUAUCAUGAACAUCAUUGAUAUUGUGGCCAUCAUACCUUACUUCAUCACCUUGGGAACAGAGUUGGCCCAACACCAGACUAACAACGGACAGCAGGCUAUGUCUUUGGCCAUACUGAGGGUCAUCCGCUUAGUUAGAGUCUUUAGGAUAUUCAAACUCUCCAGGCAUUCCAAGGGACUCCAGAUCUUGGGGCAGACACUGAAAGCCAGCAUGAGGGAGCUGGGAUUGCUAAUCUUUUUCCUCUUCAUUGGAGUUAUCCUUUUUUCCAGUGCAGUUUAUUUUGCUGAGGCUGAUGACCCAGAGUCUCAUUUCUCAAGUAUCCCAGAUGCUUUUUGGUGGGCUGUAGUCACUAUGACUACAGUUGGGUAUGGAGACAUGAGGCCAGUGACCGUUGGGGGUAAAAUAGUGGGGUCUUUGUGUGCCAUUGCUGGUGUGCUGACCAUUGCUUUGCCAGUCCCUGUUAUUGUCUCUAACUUUAACUAUUUCUACCACCGAGAAACCGACCACGAGGAACAGGUAAUGCUAAAAGAGGAUUCCAGCAGCCGCCAGGGAAGCUGUACUGGAGACCUUAAAAGAAGUCCAAGCAGGGCCUCCCUCAGCAAGUCAGUUGUGCACUUGGAAAAUAUUGAAGGCAUCAAUAAUGGCACUGGUUCCUUAGAAAAAACUAACCUCAAAGCCAAGAGCAAUGUAGACCUCAGAAAGUCCCUCUAUGCUCUUUGCCUGGACACCAAUAGGGAAACAGAUCUGUAGAACUAAUCCCCUACCAACAUAGAAACUAAAACUGAACAAGGCUUUCAAAACUUUAAUAUAGAGAAUCAAUGUCCUCUGAAGGUAGAGAGUGAACAGUAUUUGCUGUUGGAACACAUUUUGUUACUAUUUUUUCAGUAUUUCAGGUCAUGAUUAUAUUUUAUAACUGCUGUUACGAGUCUGGGGAGCGAAAGGUUUAUUCUUUACUGGAAUACAGAAUGUUUAUUUUUUAAUGCUGGGCAAAAAAAAAAUGAUAAAGAAAAAAUUGUAGGUAGAUUCAGGAAGGAAACAUUAUACAAUAUACUUUUAUAUAAUGAAAAUAUUUCUGAAAGAAGACGAGUUCCCUCCUGUGCUUUCCUGGAAAAUAUACCAGAAAAAUAUUUGAAUUUUUUUUAUUGUACUGUACUUUCAUGAUAUAAUGUUCCUUGAAAAUAUUUCAUCACCGAUAUGAACAACUAUUCUGAAAUUACACUACUUGUGAACAAUGUUCUGUUUUUUAUAGUAUGUGCAGUGAAUUUGGUGCACUUGAAUUUAGCAGGAAAUAUUUUUUUCUCUCUGAGAAAAUAUUGUAUGGUUAUAUAUGUAUAAAUAUAUGUGAGCCUUAAUUUAUUUACAAUAUAUUUCUUUACAAAAUACUUUAUUAAAAUUUGAUGUUACAGAAGCUCAGUUUUAAUACUUCUCUUUUUAGGUUUUUAGAAUGGAAAUUUGCAGGGAAAACUGUUGACCGGUGUAUUUAUAAGAGUAUUGGCAGAUUUUUUUUUUAAUUGCACAGAAAACAUUUUGCAUUUUUAGAGCAAAUAACCAAAUUAUUUCUCUGAAAACCUCUAUUCAAUCGGUGAUGAUGUUUGCUUAGUAAUUUAAUAUAUAGUUUUCAUGCAUCAGAAUUCACCUUUGAUUUCUUUGUAGCAUUCAAAAUAACAGUAUAUACAAAAAGAAGAUUUUUCUUAGAUUUUUUUUUUUACCAUUGAGCUCAGUUACCUUAAUCUGUUUCUAUGUCAAAUGUUUAAAAAAAAUCCUGCAAAAAAAAACAAACUCGUGUAAGAAACAGGCCACAGUCUAUUUGUGAAAUGAACUGGUUUAGGUACCGGGGUUCAAAACCAACUCUGAUGGAAUCUACCAGGAUUAAGAGAAGACACACAGAAAACACACCACAAUGGAAUUAUUGGUUUAUCAUCAAGACCAUCAGAAGCUUGCAACAUUUACAGUCACCAAGAUUAAAGGACUGGAGGAACGAAAGGCUGGAAAGAACACCACAGUCUGCAUAAAAGGAUAGCCAGAGGAGAGUGGUGAAGCAACAGAUGUAACCUUAAGAGAUGAACUUCAUGCUUCUUUAACAGGACCUUUGAAUCUAGUGCCACCCCUUGCAUGACUCUGGAUCACUCAAACAGGGGACACACCUCAUAACAGUUGUUGGAGAUGCCACAAGGCACUGGAUGCACACAUGUCUGAAACAUAGAUGUGAAGAACACAGUGUAUAAUGGGCUAGCAGGAAACAUCCCACCAUUGCAUUUAAAAAGAAGAUCAAGUUAUUGCAUUAUUAUUGCAGUUUAUUGAUAAAAUAUACAACUCUGUACAAUACAUUGACCACAAGGAAACAUAGAAGUAACAAACAAGCCAAGAUAAAAAAAUCACAGUUUUUUUUCACAAAACAGUUGGUACUAGUAUGGGACCUGUUAUCCAGAAUUCUUGAGACC